UCUGUGCGAUAAUUUGGGUAUAAUGAAGAAAAUGGAGGCAAACCACUGCAUUUUGAAAAUUCACAAAGUUCCGAAUCCGAAACAGAGCCAAAAAGAAGAAGAAGAAAAAUGCAGAAACCGAAACCGAAAAUCAAAUCCGAAGCGUGAAGAAGGUUCGUUCGUUCGUUCGUUUGAAUUCCAUGGCGAGAGUGAAGCACACGCCAGCUUCUCGCAAAUCCGGUAAAAAAAAAGCGCCACGCGCAUCCACGUCCACGCAGCCAUCACUAUCAUCAUCCCAAUCGCCUGCAACUAGAGAGAGGAGCCGCAGGGGAAGGAAAAAGAUGCGCAAUAGGCAGGGCACUGUGGCGCUUCGUGAGAUUCGGCAUCUUCAGAGGAGUUGUGAGCUUCUUAUCCCGGCUGCUCCCUUUAUCAGAUGUGUUAAACAAAUUACAAAUCAAUUCUCCUCAGAGGUGUCUCGUUGGACACCUGAAGCUGUGGUGGCACUUCAGGAGUGAAAAAGGAUAUCGAGUUGGCCCGGAGGCUUGGAGGAAUAGGAAGGCCUUGGUGAUUGGACAAUGCCAGUAGAAGACCAUUGGUUCUUUUGUUUGUAAAACUUCACACAGUAGGGGGGACUAGAGAGUACAGGGAAUUUCAAUGGAGGCAUUGUUGCUUCUAUACCCAGCACUCAAAUUUGAUGAUUAUUUGGCUAUUAAAUGUUAGGAACUACACACUAACUAAUGUAUGUCAAUGAUUAUAUCUUCGUAGGUGAAACAACCAUUAUAGAAUGGUUGCUACUAUUUAUGACUUUAAUUUGAUGAGUGAGGUAAUAGUGUACCAUUGUAGCAAUGAAAUAUUCCAAGAUUAUUGUCAUUCAUGUUAACUUUCUAAGGUAGAAGGAAUUCAAGUGUCAACAAAAUGCGCAGGCUUAAAA